UCCAACUGUCCACUAAAGACUCAGUAUUCUGGGUAUAUCUACAUAGCCUCUACAGGAAACUCACAUGUCUAUAACUCAUUCUUACAGCCUUCCCUGACAUUUACACUGUCACCAUACAAGCUGAAAACGAGGUCUCCAUAGAAAAUGCUCAAAUGUCUGUGGUCAUACUGGAGUUCCCUUGUACAUUUCCCAAGGUGACCAUUAUGGGAUUUUCCAGCAAUAGGUCUAGACCUAGCUACAGUUACCCCUCAGUAGCACUCACAUUGAGGGCUUUAGCAGAUACCUACUGCAUGCCGAUUCAUAAUGUUGUAUUUGAGUGGAAUAUUACUGGGCCUGAUGGUAGUAACUUCAACCAAGCCUCCAUUAAAAUGGCCUCUCUGCCAUACCUUUAUAUACCACCGUUAUCAUUGGGAUAUGGACUCUAUGCUAUUAAUGUUACGGUAUACAUAGAAGGAUAUCCAUUUUUCAAUGACUCGAGCAUCGUGUAUAUUUAUGAAGAACCAACACCCCUGAUCCUGGAGUUAGUUGGUGGUGACACACGCACUGUAGUUCUGGGAAAUUCUGUGGCACUGGAUGCAAGUCAAUCUCUGGAUUUAGAUUUUCCCAUUCAUCAAACUUUAUAUGAAAUGACCUGGUAUACAUGGACGGAGAGCACAGAAUUUGAUCCUGUUGUCCAUGAACAUUCUGCAUAUUUGAAACCCCUGGAAUACUCCUUCCCCUCGUUACCUGUCGGUGCGAGUGACAACACCACCACUGUUAUAAUCCCAGGCGCAGACUUACAAUCAGUGAUGACAAAAACUGUGGUGGCCAAAAUGACUCAGGGAAGUCAAGUGAAGUGGAAGAUGCAGGACAUUAUGGUGACCGAUACCUCAGUCUCCAUGCUCACUAUAACGUGUGUAGAGAAUUGUUACAGUAUUGUAAGCGCUGAUUUACCUGUACGUAUGAAGGGAGAGUGCCUGACCUGUACCCAGUAUAACAGACUACAGCUUAACUACGCUUGGAAGCUCUAUAAGAUUGAAAGUGCAGGGACAUUCAUCAUCAACUCUUUUGACACGUUGACCUAUACAGGCAUCAACAGUGCAAAUCUGGCUAUAAAACCUGGUCUGCUGGAGCCGGGAGGAAUGUAUGAAGUACGAUUGGAAUCUGGAGACGACUAUACCACACGAACAUUUAGAGUAACAUGGCCACCAUACAACGGAGAGUGUAAAACUAACAUUAAUAUAGGAUUGGCAUUUAAAAGCAAGUUCAUUGUGUCCUGUACCGGUUGGCUGGAUGAAGGGGAUGAUGAGACAAGAGACAUUACAAAAGACAAACAUUACACCCGUAACUAUGAAUUCACCUUCUACGUUAUGGUGAACACCAGUAGUGAGUAUAGGAGAACUCCAGUUUUUCGUGUACUGGGAUCGUGGGCUACAGCUCCAGAAAUGAUGCUUAGUGAAGGUGAUCCCAGCAGUGACUAUCGAGUAGAGCUUGUAGUUACUGUCAAAGACUUUUAUGGAAGUCACACAACUGUCACAAACACUGUCAAGGUUAUGCCUCCGGUGUAUACUACCCUGGAAGCCAUCAACUGUACAGAGAUGUUGUUGUACGAGGCAGAGAAGGAUAUGAUGGGAAUCCUCAUGCUGGCAAACGGUGUGACACAUAGGCUCAAACAGGACAUAGACAGUAACGCUGAUAACCUGGAGAAUGGUGUGAAGGUGAUGACAGCAACAAUUGAUAAAAUGACAGACAACGGAGACUUAAUCCAAGAUGAGGUUUUAGCUGCUAAUGCAGUGGAUACAUUAAAUAGCAUGCUGAGCCUAGAUAGCACAGUGGGGAACCUAAAGGCAGAAAGCAAGAUGAAAAUGGGAAACCUCUAUCAGAGUGUGGCCAGUUCUUUUGAGAGUCGCUUCAAGUCUUCCAUGACAUCAGAUGAGAAACAAAAUUUGGCAACAGAUCUGUUGAGUGGUGUAGUAACCUAUGCCCAGCAUACAAAGUAUUCCGCUGACUGUUCUUCCGGUUGUGAUGACAAAUUUAAACAGGGAGAAUAUGUAGUGGAAUUUAUAAGGAUCACGCACAACAUAUCAGCCAUUCUACUGGAGGGCACGGUCCCAGGUGAGGGAGAGAGGAUCGUUUCUAUUCCCGAGUAUAACACCAUCUUGUCUGUCCAGCGCAGUGAGACACUGGAGUUAUUCAAUUCUACACUGACCCUCCAAGGUCAACCCAUUGUUGAUGUACCUGAUCUGUCCGAGACUAUCGAUUGUGAGGUGAAUGGACAUGUAGAUGUAGAGAUCAUGGUGGCAGACAACCUCUACACCACAGAUUCCUCAUGGACCCAGGUGAAGGCACAAACCACCAGUUUAGCUCUACAUGUGGAUGGAGAGAUCCUCCAGGUGUCAGAUCUGGUAUCUACCAUCAAGGUUAGGUCACAACCACACAUCCUACAGGGCCUGACUUUUACCCCGGCCAACCUGUCUUCAAACGACGAUUCCAGCCUCUUCUACAUACAGCUUAGAGUUAAUGAGUCUAACAUCACACCUUUAUUUCUUCUUCGGUCACAUGUUGAGAAUGUGACCUUGAGGUAUUAUGUGAAGUUUGGAACCCCUCCGACCCAGGAGGAUUAUGAUUUGAUAGGACUAGUAACACCCCUGGAUCUACAGGAUGUCAGUGGAAAUAGAACCUUAUGGCAGGCCAUCAUACAGUUAGCUGACUCAACUUUAGCUUCUUCACUGGGAACUUCCUCAGAUAAAAUACUUUAUCUAGGUCUUCGUACAGAGAACAGAAACGGGAUUACAAAGUUACAGAUUGCUCUUUACGUACUGGACUGCCUCUUCUGGGAUGAUAAGACGAAACAGUGGUCAAGGAGUGGCCUCUCGUUGGGGAAUAUAACUACAUACUCUGAAGCCCCAUGUGAGUCCACACAUCUAACCACCUUUGGAACCAAUGUGUUUGUCCCACCCAACACUAUAAACUUCAACACAGUGUGGUCCAAGUUCUCCGCUGACAACGUGGCUGUCAUAUCUACAGUGGGUGGUCUGUUAGUUGUGUAUUUCCUGGUCCUGUUUUGUGUCCGCAGAGCUGACAAGAGAGAUGUAACAAAGUGGGCUAUUUAUCCCCUAUGUGAUAACCUAUCUACAGACAGAUAUCACUAUCAAAUUACCGUGUACACUGGUAUGAGGCAGAACUCUGGCACGACAUCCAAAGUCUUCUUUGUCCUUGGUGGUGAGGAUGGCGACACUGAAGUCAGAUCAGUAGAGGACAACCAGUCACGGCCGCUGACCCGAGGGAGUGUCAAUAACUACCUGUUAAGUGUGCCCUUUAACCUAGGAAACCUUGUCUUUCUUCGUAUCUGGCAUGACAACAGUGGCAAGGGCAAGGACGCUGAUUGGUUCCUGAACAUGGUGCUGAUUAAAGACCUUCAAAACAACCAAAAAUUUGUGUUCCUGUGUAACCAAUGGCUGGCUGUAGACAAAGGUGACCAGGAGAUAGAACGCUUACUGCCUGUAGCAACACAAUCUGAACUGAGCAAUUUUGACCAUCUCUUUUAUACAAGGACACGACAAGAUCUGACCGAUGGCCAUUUGUGGAUAUCGGUCCUGUCUCGUCCAACCCAGAGUGUGUUUACCCGUGUACAGAGGCUGUCCUGCUGUCUUUCUCUCCUCUUCCUCACCAUGGUUACUAAUGCCAUGUGGUACGGUACCAUUGAUACAACCCAACAGCAAAAUGUCCAUCUCGGUCCGUUCACUUUCUCAGGACAAGAGCUGAUCACUAGCAUAGCGGGCAGUCUCAUCGUUGUGCCGGUUAGUAUCAUAAUAAUCACCUUCUUCAAAAAAUCAGAGAGGCGUAUGUCCAAGGACUUACUGAAAGUUGAUAAGUCUGAACCUGAAGAAGAAGAGGAUUCAAGCAGACACGAUAAGAUGAUGUCAAAGAAAGGGCUUGAUCAGUACUGUUCAGAUGAAUGCUGUGAUGAACGAGAGGGCUGUGUCAGCCCCAGUGUAAUAGACACUGCUCUUGUCCAGCCAUUCAGCAUGUAUAAGUCAUGGGCAGACUUUGAAAAUAGAACAAGUCGUCUGAUAAGCAGCCGAAAGAAUCAGCAGAAGACAUCUGAUGGAGAGAAAAAGAAGAAGAGGAAUCCGUUGCCAUUUUGGUGUCUGUAUGUGGCAUGGACCCUGGUGGUGCUGUCUGUCCUUGCUUCUGGUUUCUUUGUCAUCCUCUACAGUAUAGAAUGGGGGACAGAGAAGUCAUCUCGCUGGCUCACUGCCUUCUUCUUGUCCUUCAUAGAGUCUGUUAUCUUCAUACAACCUCUCAAGGUGGUCACAGUAGCUCUUGUUCUUAUCCUGGUAUUCAAGCGUGUUGAUGAUGAUGAUGAAGAGGCAUAUGUUAACAAAAUUGUCUUACCUGAUAUCAUGGCAACAGAUCCACGAUCAUUAUCUUACCCAGCUCAUCGGCGUCCAUACAAAGAGAAACCUUCUGACUACACUCAUUUAGAAAGUGCUAGGGAACAUAGAAAAAGAAUGAAUCGCCUGUUCAACAUUGGGCGUGAGUUGGUGGCCUAUAUAAUAUAUCUGGUGGUUGUCUGUAUCCUAACCUAUGAGAACCGGAGCAAGAAUGCAUAUCCAACCUACUCUCACCUUGAAAAUACAUUUCUGAAACCGCCUGCUAAAAAUCACUCCAGCUUUGUGAAUAUUUCUUCAGCUGAAUAUUUUUGGAAUUGGGCACAUGACAUACUGAUCCCAGGUCUGUACUCACAGGGCAUGUAUUCUGGGAAUGAUUCUGGUGAUUACCAUGGUUACCUCAGCGACAAUGUCCACUACAGAGUGGGCACACCCAGAGUAAGACAAGCCAGGGUCACAAAAGCUGACUGUAGCAUUCCUUCGGAGUUCAGGAAGUUCUUUAAAGAGUGUUACCCUGAGUAUGGACUGGACACCUAUGAUAGUGAGAGUUAUGGUGAGGGCUGGGCUACACAUUCCUCCAACAACACAAGCCAGGCUUGGCAGUAUCAGGACUCCAUACAACUAAAUGGCUACCCUGUGGUUGCCAAAUAUGACUCGUACGGUGGUGGUGGAUACGUCACCACCCUCGGAAACAGCAAUCAGACAGCUGCCGAUACAUUUGAUUACCUACAUGAUGCAGGGUGGAUUGAUCGUAACACUAGAGCAGUCCUAGUGGAGGCGAAUAUCUACAAUCCCAAUGUGAACCUUUUUUGUGUGAUCUGCCUGGUCCUGGAGUUUCCAGCAUCUGGAUCAAUCAUCCCCUACUCCCAGAUUUCACCAGUGGUGCUGUAUCGCUACAUUGGCUCCUCAGCUCUUUUCCUACUCAUCCUGGACUUAAUCUUUGUGGCUUUCACAUUAUAUUACCUGUUUAUCUUAGUGAAUAAGAUUAAACAGGAGAAAUGUGAAUUUUUCAAACAGUUUUGGAACAUAAUAGACUUGCUCAACAUGGCAUUUUCUAUUACAGCGUGUGCUUUUUAUGGAAUGCACUUCAUAAUGGUAGAACUAGCUACCAGUGAUUUCCAAAGGAACAAGGAUGCCUAUUUGAACCUUCAGUACAUCGUUUUGUGGGAGGCCUUGUUUGGCUACAUGUUGGCCUUCCUGCUGUUCUUGUCCAUGCUCAAGCUACUAUUGAUACUUCGCUUCAAUCCGAAAAUAACUCAGCUGUCAGGCACACUGCAGAAGGCAAAGGGGCCCAUCUCAAACUUCAUGGUAGUGUUUGUAUUGACUUUUCUGGCGUUUGCUCAGUUUGGCUAUCUAGUGUUUGGAAGGGUGGACCACGGCUAUUACACGUUCAUCACAACUCUUGAAACACUCAUGUCAAUGCUGAUGAUGAAGAUGGAGAUUGAUAACAUGAUCUUGGUCAAUGGACUGCUUGGAUCGCUGUUUGUUUUCCUCUUCGUUCUCUUCAUAGUCUUCAUCCUCAUCAACAUGUUGUUGAGCGUGAUCAAUGAUGCGUUUACUGAGGUGCGUAAGGAUCCAUCAUUCCUGCCAGAUGACCCUGCCAUGGUUACCUUCCUACUUGACCAAGUCAAAGCUUUUAUCCUGGGUUAUUCUAAAGACUCCACAAAGAAGGGAAGAGCAGAUGAGAUAAAAGAGGAUGAGAAAGACCUGGAGGGAAAAAUAGAUGACCUUGACCUGCGAUUGCGGACGUUCCUACAAGUUCUUCACAAAGACAGAGAUUAAACUGUUGUAAUAUCUACAGAGAUAAACACUUUUGCAGUUUGUAAGCUACACAAGUUACUUGAGGUUUAUUUACCACAUUGACAAUUAACGUACAAUAUCAGAUGUAAUUUCUAAGUGAAUUCAAAUUCCAGGCUGUUAAUUUUACUGAACUGACUUCACAUCAGCUGUCUUAAUGGCAGCAGUAUUUACUAAUAUUAUAAUAGAUUAAUGUUUAAAUAACUUUGUGCUGUAUGUGCUGUUUAUGCCAAAGGAACCUACUGUAACAUUCUACUGCAGAAAAGGUCUAUCUGAACUGAUUUUUGCAAAAUCUGUAAAUAACAUUAUAGAGGAAUACCAGAUACUUGUCUAUGACAAUACCAGAUACUUGUCUAUUACAAUACUAGAUACUUGUCUAUUACAAUAUCAGAUACUUAUCCAUGACAAUACCAGAUACUUGUCUAUUACAAUACCAGAUACUUGUCUAUGACAAUACCAGAUACUUGUCUAUUACAAUACUAGAUACUUGUCUAUUACAAUACCAGAUACUUGUCCAUGACAAUACCCGAUACUUGUCUAUUACAAUACCAGAAACUUGUUCAUGACAAUACCAGCUACUUGUCUAUUACAAUACCAGAUACAAUUGUAAUACACUGUGAGUUGACAUUGUGACAUAGUUACUGUAUGUUACACACUGUGAGUUGACAUUGUGACAUAGUUACUGUAUGUUACACACUGUAAGUUGACAUUGUGACAUAGUUACUGUAUGUUACACACUGUUAGUUGACAUUGUGACAUAGUUACUGUAUGUUACACAGAAUGAGUUGACAUUGUGACAUAGUUACUGUACAUUACACAGAAUGAGUUGACAUUGUGACAUAGUUACUGUAUGUUACACAGGAUAAGUUGACAUUGUGACAUAGUUGCUGUAUGUAACACAGGAUUAGAUGACAUUGUGACAUAGUUACUGUAUGUAACACACUGUGAGUUGACAUUGUGACAUAGUUACUGUAUGUUACACACUGUAAGUUGACAUUGUGACAUAGUUACUGUAUGUAACACACUGUUAGUUGACAUUGUGACAUAGUUACUGUAUGUUACACAGAAUGAGUUGACAUUGUGACAUUGUUACUGUAUGUUACACACUGUAAGUUGACAUUGUGACAUAGUCACUGUACGUUACACACUGUAAGUUGACAUUGUGACAUAGUUACUGUAUGUUACACACUGUAAGUUGACAUUGUGACAUAGUUACUGUAUGUUACACACUGAGUUGACAUUGUGACAUAGUUUCUGUACGUUACACAGAAUAAGUUGACAUUGUGACAUAGUUACUGUAUGUAACACAGAAUAAGUUGACAUUGUGACAUAGUUACUGUAUGUUACACAGAAUGAGUUGACAUUGUGACAUAGUUACUGUAUGUAACAUACUGUGAGUUGACAUUGUGACAUAGUUACUGUAUUUAAUACACUGUGAGUUGACAUUGUGACAUAGUUGCUGUAUGUUACACACUGUGAGUUGACAUUGGAUUAUGACAGUGUUAUGUGUCUAUGAUUGUCCAUGUUUCGUUUAACCUUUAUUGCUCAAUGUUGUAUAUACCUGAGAGUUCUUCAUGAAUUGUAUGUGCUGGAUAUUUCAACUUACAACGAUGGACCAUUUUGUCCUGUACAAGUUUAUUUUUCAUAUUGUUUGCUUAUGACCAAAUAAAUAUUGAUUAGAAUUGAA